CGCUGUAGCGAGAGCGGCGGGGAAAGUGGUCGGUUCUCCAGCCUCACCGGCUCAGGACGAGGCAGCAGUGUGGAGAAGGUGCAGGUGAUGUGGAGUGAAGGUUCUGGUGGCAGGAUGACGGUGGCCAAGCUGCUCCUCUCCUCUUUCCUCCUACACUCGCUCAGCGAAGCCUUUAACCAACCUCCACGGUUCCAGAAUUACUUCUUCCAGUCAUACCUGCUGAUCUAUGAGAACACUCCAGUGGGUUCAUCAGUGACUCAGCUCCAGGCGGUGGACCCUGAUGGAGAGCCGUUGAUUUUCGGUGUGGUUGGUGAGGAAGCCUCACGCUUCUUUGCUGUGCAGGAGAAUACUGGGGUGGUGUGGCUUCGGCAACCGCUCGACAGAGAGACCAAGUCUGAGAUGCAGGUGGUGUUUUCGGUCAGUGACAGUCAGGGGGUGGUGAAGGACACAGUGAAUAUCCAGAUUGGAGAUGUGAAUGACAACUCCCCAUCCUUCCACAACCAGCCGUACACUGUUAACAUACCGGAGGACACUCCAGUGGGGACCUCCGUGUUCAUGGUUAAUGCUACAGACCCUGACCAGGGCACCGGGGGCAGUGUGCUUUUCUCCUUCCAGCCACCAUCUCCAUUCUUCUCCAUCGAUGGCGCUCGAGGAAUUGUCACAGUGGCCAGACGUCUGGACUAUGAGACGACAAUAGCCUACCAGCUUACUGUCAAUGCCACGGACCAGGACAAGCUCCGCCCUCUCUCUAGUCUAGCUAACUUGGCCAUCACCAUCACUGAUGUUCAGGACAUGGACCCUAUCUUUACGAAUCUGCCCUACAGCACCAAUGUAGAGGAGGAAGCACCGCUGGGCUUCGAGGUGCGAAAGAUCAGAGCGAUCGAUCAAGACCUGGGUCGACCUCGCGGAAUCGGAUACACCAUCGUAUCAGGAAACACCAACAGUGUGUUUGCAUUAGACUACAUCAGCGGGUCCCUGACCGUGAACGGCCGUCUGGACCGAGAGAACCCACUGUACUCGGCAGGAUUCAUACUCACAGUGAGGGGUACUGAGCUGAAUGAUGAUCGUACUCCCUCUGCUGCCUCCGUCCUCACCACCUUCACCAUCCUCCUCAUCGAUAAGAAUGAUAAUGCUCCCAAGUUUAACAGCUCAGAGUACCGUGUGCGCAUCACUGAACUGGCCCAGGUGGGCUUUGCCCUGCCCCUGUCCAUACAGGUGGAGGACAAAGACGAGGGAGUGAACAGUAUGUUCGAGGUCAUUCUAAUUGGGAAUAAUUCGGACCAUUUCACCAUUUCCCCCACAUCCGUGCAGGGCCGUGCUGACAUCCGUGUGCGUGUAGCUGUGCCUCUGGACUUUGAGACUAUCAGGAGCUACAGCUUUUCACUGUACGCCAACGAGUCUCUGUCUGAACAUGUGGGCUUCGCCAGAGUCUUCAUCGACCUGAUCAACGAGAAUGACAACAGGCCGGUGUUCAGCCGGGCGCUGUAUAACAUCAGCUUACUGGAGAGCACGCCGACCGGAACGUCUCUGCUGCAGAUACAGGCCACAGAUAAUGACUUUGGGACGUUUGGCGUGGUGCGCUACUACUUCAGCGAUGAGCCAGACCAAUUCUCACUGGAUGCUGACACAGGCUGGGUGACUCUGAAGGACCGUCUGGAUUACGAGCUGAUGCGUCGCUACACUCUGACCAUACUGGCCCGGGAUGGAGGAGGGGAGGAGACUACAGGUCGUCUCCGUGUCAAUGUGAUGGACGUGAACGACAAUCCGCCCGUCUUCCAGAAGGACGCGUAUAUGGGCUCGCUGAUGGAGAAUGAGCAGGCCCCUCAGCAGGUGGCCAGAGUCAGGGCGACUGAUGAGGACUCUCCUCCUAAUAACAUCUUGACCUACUCCAUCAUAUAUGCCUCGCAGUUCCAGAGUUAUUUCAGCAUUACCAUGGUGGAAGGCUAUGCAGUGGUCAUGGUGAACAGACCUUUAGACUAUGAGCAGAUUCCUGGAGGAAUGAUCUAUCUGACCCUGAUGGCCAGAGACGGAGGGAAUCCUGCCCAGAACAGCACCGUGCCCAUUACUGUGGAGCUGUUUGAUCAGAAUGAUAACCCUCCUGAAUUCAGCCAGCCUUCAUAUAUUGUCAGAAUUCCAGAGAACAUGGUUGCAGGGGCAACAGUGCUGUUUGUGACGGCCACAGAUCUAGACGCAUCAAGAGAGUUUGGACAAGCUUCUCUGAUCUACUCCCUCCAGGGACCCUCAGAGUUCAGACUCAACACACGUUCGGGAGAGAUUACCACCACAGCCCUGCUGGAUCGUGAGGCGAAAUCCGAGUACAUCCUGAUUGUGCGAGCAGUUGAUGGAGGGGUGGGGCCUCUGCAGAAGACGGGCAUCGCAACGGUGAACAUAACCAUACUGGACAUUAACGAUAAUGCCCCCAUCUGGCAGGACGAGCCCUAUCUGGCUAACGUUGUGGAAAUGAGUCCGAUCAAUACUGAUGUCAUCUCUGUGCUGGCAUGGGACCCUGAUAAUGGAGAGAAUGGUACAGUCAUGUACAGCAUCAGUCCAGCCAAUCCCUUCUACAUAAUCAACAACCGGACAGGCAAAAUCCGCACCAGUGGAGCAAUUCUGGACAGAGAGAGUCUAGACCCUAGAGCCACUCAGCUCAUGAGGACCAUCGUCAUCUCCGCCACUGACCGUGGAAACCCGCCACUGCGUUCCUCAGCCAGCACCACAGUCUACGUCAACCUGCUGGACCUCAAUGACAACGACCCUGCCUUCCUCAACCUGCCGUUUGUCGCUGAGGUUCCAGAGGGCCUUCCUAUUGGAUCGUCUGUCUUCAGGGUGCAGGUGCAAGACCCUGAUGAAGCGGAGAAUGGAGCGGUCACUCUGGGUCUGCAGGUGGGCAUGCCCCGGCUGGACUUCCGCCUCAACAGCAGCACAGGGGUGCUGUUCUCCACGGCUGCGCUGGACCGUGAGCAAAUCGGACAGUACUACCUGCGGCUGGUGGCCUUUGAUGCAGGACAGUAUCCUCGCACCUCUACCAGCACCCUUACUAUCACAGUGUUGGAUGUUAAUGAUGAGACGCCCACAUUUUUCCCGCGUGUGUAUAACGCCUCAGUGCUGGAGAGCGUCCCGCGCGAUUUUGUGGUGGUCAGGCUCAACUGCUCUGAUAAUGAUGCUGGACUCAACGCUGAGCUCAGCUAUUUCAUCACAGGUGGGAACCAGGAUGGAAAGUUCAGUGUGGGCUUCAGGAAUGGUGUUGUGCGCACUGUGGUGGACCUGGACCGUGAAACACAAGCGUCGUACACACUCGUCAUCGAGGCCAUCGAUAAUGGCCCGGCUGGGGACAGAAAGACAGGCACAGCCACAGUUUAUGUGGCAGUACUGGACGUUAAUGACAACAGGCCCAUCUUCCUUCAGAACAGCUACGAGACCACCAUUCUGGAGAGUGUGCCAAGAGGAACCAGCAUACUGCAGGUCCAGGCUACAGAUGCUGAUCAGGGGGAGAAUGGCAGGGUUCUGUACCGAAUUCUCUCGGGUAACAGUGGUGGUCAGUUCAGUAUAGACCUCCUGUCUGGUCUGAUCACUCGUGGGCAGCGAGCGCUGGACAGAGAGACCAGUAGUUCACACCUGCUGGAGGUGGAGGCUUACAACAGUGACCAGGGCAGCAUGAGGAGCUCUGUCAGGGUAAUAGUGUAUGUGGAGGAUGUGAAUGAUGAGCGUCCUGUCUUCACCCAGCAGCAGUACAACAGGCUGGGACUCAGAGAAACUGCGGGAAUCGGAACCUCUGUUAUCGUGGUUCGAGCUGCUGAUCCAGACACAGGAGAUGGAGGUGCAGUAUCAUAUGCUAUGGUUGCUGGUUCAGACCGUAAGUUUGAAGUAGACAUCAGCACAGGUUUAGUGACCACAGUGGACUACCUGGACUACGAGACCAAGACCAGUUACCUGAUGAACAUCUCGGCCACAGACCAGGCCCCUCCCUUCAACCGGGCCUUCUGCACUGUGUACGUCACUCUGCUGAAUGAGCUGGACGAGGCUGUGGCCUUCCUAAUGGCUGGGUAUGAAACCUCGCUCAGGGAGAACAUUGCCACGGGAACGGAGGUGAUCCAGGUGCGGGCUCAGUCAGCUGAUAACCUGAACCAGCUGACCUACCGCUUUGACCCAGACACAUCGCCCGCCGCACUCGCCCUCUUCAAGAUCGACAGCGUCACGGGUCGAAUCACUGUGACUGGUCUGAUUGAUCGAGAGAGGGGCGACUCCUACACCCUCACUGUGGUUGCUGAUGAUGGAGGGCCUAAAAGAGGCUCCACUGUGAAGGUGUCCAUAACCAUUCUUGAUGAAAAUGACAAUAGCCCUGAAUUUGACCUCACGUCGGACUUGUCAGUAAAUGUUCCGGAGGACACACCCAUGGGCCGGAGAGUGGCUGUGGUGCUGGCACGGGACAGAGACGCUGGAAGAAAUGGACUGGUAAACUUCACAUUGGCGGCAGGGAACAUGCAGGACGUGUUUGAGAUCCGAACGAUUAACAACACAUAUGGAGACAUUUAUGUUAACGCCCCCCUCGACAGAGAAGCGAUAGACCGCUACCUGCUCAAGGUGCGGGCCACGGAUAACGGCUCUCCUCCUAGGUUCACAGACCACUCCCUGACCAUAAACAUUGUGGAUGUGAAUGAUAAUACUCCUGUAGUGCAGAGCCCUCGCGGCUACAACGUCAGCAUCAGUGAGAACGUAGGUGGUGGCACAUCGGUCCUGCGUGUGGUCGCUACUGACCGAGACAUUGGGCCCAAUGGCAUGCUGUCCUACUACAUUACCGACGGCAACCAGGACCUCACCUUUCGCAUGGAUCGAAUGACUGGAGAGAUAGUGACCCGACCUUCACCUCCCGACAGAGAGAGACAGCAACAGUACACACUCACCGUCACUGUGGAGGAUGAAGGCAACCCACCGCUGUCGACCUCCACCAUGGUGUGGGUGCGGAUAAUAGACGAGAAUGACAAUGCCCCUGUCUUCGCUGCAAAGGAGUAUGUGACUGUUCUCACUGAGGGUCCAAACACUGUAGGGUCCACUAUUGCCACUGUUACCGCCACUGACCCCGACGAGGGGCUCAACGGCACUCUACGCUAUGCCAUCACCCUCGGCAACCUGGCUGAAACAUUUAGCAUUGGUCCUACUACGGGUCGGAUAGUGGUGAUGAAGGAGCUAGACUACGAGAUCAGCAGUGGACGGUACACGCUGGUUAUCACUGCUACUGACCAGUGCCCAAUACCACAACUCAGACUGACAUCUAGUGCCACUGUGCUGGUAAACGUGAUAGAUGUGAAUGACGUGACCCCACAGUUCCCCCGGCCCUUUGAGGGUCCUUUUGAGAUCACUGAGGGUCAGCCUGGACCCCGGGUCAGCACUGUUAAAGCUAGUGAUGAGGACUCGGGCCUCAAUGGAAAAGUGGAGUACAGCAUCACAGCAGGAGAUCCAAACAAUGAGUUCAUUGUGUCUCCUGUGGAGGGGGAGCUGAGAGUGAGAAGAGAUGUUGAACUGGAUAGAGAGACUACAGCCUAUUACAACAUCACCAUUACUGCUAGAGACCUGGGAACACCAUCACGGAGCAGCACGGUGAUAGUGGGGGUCCAGGUGUUGGACAUUAAUGAUAACGACCCCGUGCUUCGCAACUUGCCCUUGAACACCAGCGUAAGUGAGGGAGCGUCUGUACAUACCUCCAUCGCCCGCGUCCAAGCGCAGGACGCAGACAGCGGCCGUAAUGCUCUCCUCACCUACAACAUCACAGCGGGCAACCCAGACGGAGCCUUCUACAUCAAUGAAACUUCAGGAGUGGUUCAGGUGAACAGGCCGUUGGACAGAGAGAGAGUUGCUGAAUACACACUGACUAUCACGGUCAAAGACAAUCCAGAGAACCCCCGCAUUGCCCGCAGGGACUCAGAUGUGCUGGUGGUCACCAUUCUGGAUGUGAAUGACAACAGGCCCAUCUUCACGUCCACCAGCUACAGAGGGGAGAUCAGUGAGAACUCCCCCACAGGCAGCACUGUGUUGAUACUGAAUGGGCCUGUCCUGGCCGUGGACAGGGACAUUGGAGUUAAUGCUGUGGUGAAAUAUGGCCUUCUGGGAAACAGAGUGGACCUCUUCACCAUCAACUCCACCACAGCUGUGGUAUCAGUGCGUGAGGGUGCUGUGUUGGACAGAGAGGCGUUCUCCGACCCACGGGUGGAGUUGUUUCUGGUUGGGGAGGAUGUCGGGGAGCUAAACAGCAGUGUUCCUCUCACCAUCACCAUCCUGGACAGAAACGACAACCCUCCAGUGUUCAAUCCCUUGAGCUUCACCGUACGCCUGCCUGAAAACAGCCCUACAGGUGUUGUAGUGACCCAGCUGUCGGCAACAGACGCGGAUGCUGGCUCUAACGGGUGGCUGCAGUACCGCCUGGAGAGCGGCGCUCAGGACCGCUUCAUAGUGGACCCUCUUUCCGGUGCUGUCCUGGUGGGAAACGCCACGCUAGAUCGUGAGGAACGCGCGUCCUACCGGCUGGUCGUCGCAGCAACUGACCGGGGAACACCCCCACUAUCAGGCACAGCCACGCUGACGGUGGUCCUGGAUGAUGUGAAUGACUCUCGGCCGCGCUUUCUGCAGCCCGUCCAGACCAUCAGUGUGAAUGAGUCCACGCCACCUGGGGUGGUUGUGGCCACCCUCACUGCAGAGGACCCUGACCUCCGACCUCGUCUGGAGUAUUACAUCAUCUCUGUGGAAGCCAAGGACGAUGGGAAUAACCAAGUCAGAGGACUGCAGGAGUCAUUUGGGAUCGACUUUCACACGGGUGCUGUCUUUGUGCGAAACCCUUUGAACAGAGAGCUGGUUGCUACUUUUGAGAUCAUAGUGUCAGUGCAUGAUAAUGCCAGUGAUGUCAUUGACAUGUCGGUCAGUGUUCCCAAUGCCAGGCUGACCAUCAGCGUGCUGGACGUGAAUGAUAACGCACCCCGCUUUCGGCCUUUCGGUGUCACUAAUUUCUCGGAGAGUAUUCUGGAAGGAGCUCAGCCUGGCACCACUUUACUCUCAGUCUCUGCUGUAGAUCCAGACAAAGGCCCUAAUGGACAGAUCUUCUAUGAGCUCCUGCAUCUGCCCAGAGGAGGCUACGUCCGACUAGAGGACCCGUCUACAGGUAAGAUCAUAGCCAAUCGGACGGUGGAUUAUGAGCAGGUGCAGUGGUUGAACUUCACGGUUCGGACUCAGGAUCAGGGCAGCCCACCAAGGUUCUCUGAACUUCCUGUUUACCUGCGUAUUGUCGAUGUCAACGACAACAACCCCAUCUUCACACAGCCUUCAUACCAGAGGCCAGUGUUUGAGGACCUGACUUUGGGCACCAUUAUUGUGCGAGUAAGUGCUACAGAUGCAGACUCAGGACUCUUUGCCGUUAUCGAGUACUCGCUGGUGGACGGAGAGGGCAAGUUCGGAAUCAACCCCUCUACGGGUGAUAUCUACAUCUUGUCUUCACUGGACCGGGAGACUAAAGACCACUACACACUCACCGCCGUUGCUCGGGACAACCCCGGGGGCAGCCCCAGCAACCGCCGAGAAAAUUCAGUUCAGGUUUUGGUGACGGUUCUAGAUGUAAACGAUUUCCGUCCGCGGUUCUCCAAGCCUGUGUUCAGCACCAAUGUGUUUGAAAACGAGCCCAGUGGGACAUCUGUGAUAACACUGACCGCUACUGACCUGGACGAGGGGCAAAACGCCCUGCUCACAUACAGCCUGCAGGGGCCUGGGGCAGAUGCAUUCUCUCUAGAUCCUGACACUGGCUUGAUUCGCUCACUGCGUCUCCUGCACAGUUUUGAGAGGUUUAAUCUGACUGUAGUGGCUACAGAUCACGGUCGGCCUCCACUCUGGGGCACCGCCAGCCUCCAAAUCACGGUCAUCGACGUCAACGACAACAGACCUGUCUUUGUCAGACCAGCCAACGGCACCAUCAUGCACAUCCUCGAGGAGCAGCCCCCCGGCCUGGUGGUGUAUGAGGUGUUUGCGACAGAUGAGGAUGAGGGUGUGAAUGGUGAGGUGCGCUACAGCUUCCUGCAGACCGGAGCGGGGAACAGGGACUGGGAAAACUUUCACAUCGACGCUCUGAACGGCGUCAUCACUACGGCCGUCAAACUGGACCGAGAGAAGCAGGCCCUAUACAGCCUGAUUGUGGUAGCGUAUGACCUAGGCCAGCCCGUCCCAUAUGAGACCACCCAGCCUCUGCAGGUGGCCCUGUCUGACAUAGACGACAAUGAGCCUGUCUUCCUCAAACCACCGAGAGGUGGACUGCUGUUCCAGUCUCUGUCUGUCCCAGAGCACUCUCCUCCUGGCACUGUGGUGGGGAAUGUUACAGGAGCUGUGGAUGCAGAUGAGGGCUCCAAUGCUAUUGUCUACUACUUCAUCGCAGGGGGAGACACUGAGGGCAACUUUGGCCUGAGCGUGGCCGGAGUUCUGCGGGUGAAGAAGGACCUGGACCGCGAGGACAUUCCGAUGUAUUCUAUCAUUGUCAAGGCAUCCAGCAACCGCAACUGGUCCCCACCAAGGGGUCAAAGGUCACAGAGAUAUCGGGCGCUUGACCCAAGCCGUGACCCGACGCUGCAAGAAGUCAGGAUCUACCUGGAGGACAUCAAUGACCAGCCCCCAAGAUUCACCAAGCUAGAGUACACUGCAGGUGUGGCUGCGGAUGCUAAGGUGGGCUCUGAUUUGAUCCAAGUUCAAGCCAUUGACAAUGACAUCGGCAACAACAGUCUCAUUUUGUAUCAUAUUCUGUCCAUACGCUACAUCAAACUACUGUCCAACGAUUCUGAGGACAUUGGCAAUGUCUUCAUCAUUGGUGAAACAGAUGGUAUAAUCCGAACAUUUGACCUCUUCACGGCGUAUGACCCAGGCUAUUUUGUGGUGGAGGUGCUGGCGAGAGACCUGGCUGGACACAGUGAUGUGGCGCUGGUGGGCAUUUACAUUCUCCGGGAUGACCAGAGGGUGAAGCUCAUCAUUAAUGAGAUACCAGAGCGGGUCUGGCUCUUCCAAGAAGAGUUCAUCAACCUGCUCUCAAACAUCACAGGAGCCAUAGUGAACAUGGAUGAUGUACAGUUCCAUGUGGAUAAAAAGGGCAGGGUGAACUUUGCACAAACGGAUGUGCUGAUUCACGUGGUCAACAAGCAGAACAACCGCAUCCUGGAUGUGGAGAGGGUGAUUCAGAUGAUUGAUGAGAAUAAGGAACAGCUGAGAAAUCUGUUUAGGAACUAUAACGUCCUGGAUGUCCAGCCUGCAGUGAGUGCACGAGCCCCUGAUGACCUCACCACCCUACAAAUGGCUAUAAUAAUCCUGGCUGUGCUGCUGUUUCUGGCAGCCAUGCUAUUCAUCUUUAUGAACUGGUAUUACAGAACAGUACACAAGAGGAAGCUGAAGGCCAUCGUCGCUGGCUCCACAGGGGACAAGGGCAUGAUGGACAUCCUGGAUAUGCCCAACACCAACAAGUAUUCGUUUGAAGGAGCCAAUCCUGUAUGGCUGGACCCAUUCUGCAGAAACCUAGAGCUGGCUGCUCAGGCUGAGCAUGAAGACGACUUGCCUGAGAAUCUGAGUGACAUCACUGAUCUGUGGAACAGUCCAGCUCGCACUCACGGCACUUUUGGCCGUGAGCCUCACGCCUCUAAACCAGAGGAUGACCGCUACCUCAGAGCUGCCAUUCAGGAGUAUGAUAACAUUGCUAAGCUGGGCCAGAUCAUGCGAGAGGGACCCAUUAAGGGCUCACUACUAAAGGUGGUACUGGACGAUUAUCUGAGACUCAAAAAGCUCUUCGCCGCCCGUCUGGUUACCAAGUCAACCAGUCAGGACCAGUCAUCAAUCACAGAGCUGGUCCAGAGUGACCUGGACGACGAUGACGAGGAGCAAAUCGGUGUAGGAGGAAGAGGAACACUUCGAUUUAAGCACAAGCACCCGGUGGAGUUGCGUGGCCCAGACGGUGUGCAUGUGGUCCAUGGCAGCACAGGCACCCUACUGACCUCUGACCUCAACAGCCUGCCAGAGGACGACCAGCGGGCCCUGGCCAGAUCCCUGGAGGCAUUGCACGCUGACGGCGGACUUUACGCUGAGCGCAACGCCCGCACAGAGUCAGCCAAGUCCACACCCAUGCACCGCAACAAGGCCACACUGUCCGAAAGCCCGCUGGAGAUAACAGAGUUAUGACUAGCCGAGGCCUCGCUGGUUUGAGAAGAGCUGCAAAGUACUAGCCCCUCCUGACCACCAUCCUUCGCUACCUCCUCAUCCUCACUAUGCUGGGAGUAGGGAUGGGCAUGUUAACCCUGUUUACCAUUCAAAUAUACACAUUAUUAACAAUGUUCACAAAUCUCAGCAAAUAUUUUGACUGUUAACAAAAUAAGAGAGUUUUAUUAUUUGUUUAUUUUGUCCAGUUAACAUAUAAUGUGAUCUGUACCUGAAUUAAUAUCUUUAGUUAUUAUUAUUGUUAUCUUUGUUUUUACAUGCGUAUGUGUGUUCACACCCUACAAGCUGACCUACAGAAGGAUAGUUUGCACAAUUUACACUGUCACCGUUUUAUUUUAAAUGUUUUCAUACACAGCUCCACAGAGAUAAUUUUGCCUAGCAUUAGACCCAGUAUAGGAGUACAUUAAAUGGCCAAAAGUAUGUAGACACCUGACCAACAUAUCAACAUGAGAUGGUGGGCAGCUUGCCCGUCUAAAAACCAUUAAUAUUGAGUCCCCCACCCCCACCCCUCUGCAGCUACAGUCUCCACUCUUUUGUGAACACUGGAGUGUGUCAGUGGGGAAUUUGUACCCAAGAAGAGCCUUUGAGAGCUCAGUCACUGAUGUUGGACGAGAAGGUCUGGUUCACAGUUGACCUUGUUAUUCAUCCCAAAUAAGUUCAGUGGAGUUGAGGUCAGGGCUUUGUGUAGGCCACAACAAACCAAUCAAGCCAUGUCUUUAUGGAGCUCACUUUCUGCACAGGGGCACAAUCAUACUUCCCCAAACAUAUAGUUGUCUGAAAUUUCUUUUUGUGCUGUAGCAUAAACAUAACUUUUCACUGGUACCAAGGGGUCAAGAUGAAACCCUGAAAAACAACCCCAGAGCAUUACCCUUCCUCCACCAAACUUUGCUGUUAGCACUAUGCAAAGGUGGCAUCCUAUGACAGUGCCAUGUUUAAAGUCACUGUAGUAUGAUCCAUUCUACUGACAAUGUUUGUCUAUGGAGAUUGCAUGGCUGCACAUGCUUUUAUACACUUGUUUGCUAAACACCAGAACUCAAUAAUAUCCACAUACUUUUGGCCAUGUAAUGUACUUUAAACAACCAAUGGACUAAAACCAAAAUUGAACUAUCACUAAAAACACUGUUUGUAUUCUUAUAAAAAGAAUCACAAGAGACUCAGUGAGUGCAGUGAGGCAGGUAACCAUGUGACACCAUAUGGACCAAUCAGAGUUAGGGGGAGGGCUCAGAACAAAUAAUGUAGUGAUUAGUAGUUCUGUUCAGCAAGUUGCCCAUGCUACACCAUACAAGCUCAAACUACAGCAUCACUGAAUAUUUGGCGUCAAAACAUUAUCAUUUGAAGUGUUGCCAUUAUUUUCAGGAGAUCAGAACUGCAAUCCCUGGUUAUGCCACAGCCAUUUGUGGUCCAAAGUCCAAGGCAGAGUAAUUGGCCUUCUCCCCCCCCAUCUCUGAGCACUAUGCUAGCCAAAAUGACAAAAUUGCCAGUUAGCAUUCUCCUCCAAGCCUGUUUAACAUUUGUGGUCUAACAUUUGCAUUUAACAUAUUGGAGAAAAAAGAGAAAAAAAUUAAAUUACAUUUUAUUUUUUCUUAACAUUUACAAUAUGUUAAAGCCAGCAAAUAGAUAAAUAAUGCACUAAAAUGUACAGAAACAGCCAAAUUUCAGCGUGUUCUCCAUGCAGGAUGUGUUAACUUAUUCUGACAAAGCAACACAAAAUUUUAUUUGACCGGGGCUGUUCAAACUUUUGAAGAUAUCUUAGAGAUAGAUAUAAUGUUCACAUUUUAGGCAUUGUCAUUGACCUACAGAAGUCACACUACAUACUUUUGUUGAAAAUAUUUCCGCAUUGUAUUUUGAAUUUUUAUUUAAAAUUGCAAAAUAAUGCACAAUAUUACAAACCACAUGAGCACCUGAUUAAAUAAACGAAUAAUAAGUGAGUUGAGUGUUUGAAUAACCACACUCAUCCAUAGUCUGGAGAGGAGGAGGAGGACAGCGGUUGAUGGAGUUAAUGGGGUCAUGUGUAGGGGUGUAUGUGUGGAGAAGGGAGAGGUGGAAUGUGGACUGUUUGCACAAAUGAAAGCCAUUUGGAAUCAGAACUGUAUCAAUAUGUGUGUAUUGGAGAUAUACUGGAUCUUUCUGAAGAGAACUAUGACCAGGCUAUGAACACUUGUUGGCCAUGGACAAAAUGGACAAAGUCUUCGACUAUAAGGUCUAACGGCAACUUUGGGAUAAAUAUAUUUUGGUGCUUGGACCCCUCACCACACAGACACCUGUUACAGAAAGAAAGAGGAGAAAAAAGCCCUCUCAAACCAGCGGAAGGCCGAAACACAAACUCUAGGUUUUUAUUUUAUAUUGCGAAGGGUUGCGGGGAUUGACAUUAACUGUGUUUGGUAAAAUAAUACAUUUGAUAUUAACAAAAAAUACAUCUGUAUUGAAAAUAAUUUUCCUUGAAGAAAAAAAAAGACACCCAAAAUACGCAUUCGGAGGAAAUUGCUGUUCUAAUUCUCACUAACCUGUCGUCUUCCCUAAGCGAUCGUCACAUACACAGUCAUGGGAAAAGAAGACAUUUUAAAAAAGAGUGAAAAAAGUACAGAAGAGAAAAAAGAAAUCCUUUUCCUGGACCAGUGGCCUGACCAAGCACUGUUACUGACAGUAUUGAACAGAACUGGACUGAUUUAGGCCACUGAAUCACUUUGCUUGAACUGUGAAGGACAAUGUGUCAUAUGCUUACAGAUAAAAGGCAGUGAAAAUAAAAGUGGUUUGUUUUCAAGGUUAGCCCACUUCAUAAGAGAACCCGUUCUCCAUUAUUUAUGCAACAAAAAAGAGGAAGAAAGCGACCGUUUCUGCUCAAAGUUUUUCCCAGACAUUGUUGUAACACUGCCAUCCACGAGAAAAAAAUAACAUGAAGUCUUUAUUUUCCUUUACGUUUUUAAUAUUUAAAAAAAAAUAAAAUAAAGAAAAGGGCAAAAAGAUAUUUUUGAAAAAAACAAACAAACAAACAAAAAAAAGACAAACAGGAAAAGAAGCUGACUUACCAAACUGAGUCGCGUGAAAAAUGGAUGUUAUAGAUAAAUGUGGCUGAUGGACUUUUAUUUUGUAUAUCAGAGUUGAGAAUUAAUUUAACUUGUUGCGUAUGUUGUGUGUCUGACAUUUUUUUUAUAUCCCUUUUUUUGUAAGACCUUAUUUUUGUCCUUUCUGUGUCGCGUCACCAGCUCUGAGGUUCUGGAUGGGAAAUCUUGUUGGACGAUCUGUGAUAAUAAAAGAAAUAUGCAACGGCUUUGGCCUCGGGUCACUGGGACGGCGUGGGCCAAAACAAACAAGUGCAGAAUUCCGCUGUGUAUUGGUGCAGGACAACAGGAUAUUACAGCGUGAGAGAGGUACAGCGUUUGUGCAUUGAAACAUACUUAUUGACAUGUGACAGGAGGAGUUAUUGACUAUUCAUUUUCAGUCUUAUAAAACCUAUUUUGUCAUUUUGAGGGAGGUUAUUAACAUUCGCUCUUUGUCAGUAUGCACCAGUAUGGAAUGUCUGGCUUGGUAACAGUGACUGUUAAUUAAUUGGGACGCCCUUGACCUCCCAGCAACCUCUAUAUUUCACACAUUGAAUAUAAGACAAUCCUUUUGGAAAAACUCAGUGCAAUGGCUAUAAAAGAAUGUGUAGCUGUCAAGAAGCUGGUGCUCUCAGAAUAAUAGACUGACCACCCCAGAGUCCAGAAGUCGAGUGUUGAAUGUGUGUUAAUGGAACAUGAAAAGUAAAAAAUGCAACCAAAGUCUUGGAGAAAAAAAAUAAGGGAUAGA